GAACGACAUACCCGACAGUACCCCCCUCCUCGUGGGGUUCACUUUCUUGUACUUCUACCUUAUCCUGUUCCCUUAGAAGUCGUUACCGGGUUUUUUGGGUCAGAGUGAACAUGGCGUCAUCUGGCCCUAACUCCUCCAACACCUCCAUCAAGGUCGUUGCGAGGUUCCGACCGCAAAACAAAGUCGAAUUGUCUUCCGGAGGAGAGCCCAUUGUAGAUUUUGAAAAUGAGCAGUCAUGUGCGAUCAAUUCCAAAGAAGGCACCGGUUCUUUCACCUUCGACCGGGUCUUCCCUAUGGACUCGAAGCAAACGGACAUCUUCGAUUUCUCCAUCCGACCGACCGUCGACGAUAUCUUGAAUGGAUAUAACGGAACGGUGUUCGCGUAUGGUCAGACAGGUGCGGGUAAAUCAUACACGAUGAUGGGCUCCGAUAUCGACGACGACAUUGGCAAGGGUAUCAUUCCUCGUAUCGUGGAACAGAUCUUUGCCAGCAUCCUAACCAGUCCGAGUAACAUCGAAUAUACGGUGCGCGUCAGCUAUAUGGAAAUUUACAUGGAACGUAUUCGCGAUCUGUUGGUACCACAAAACGAUAACCUCCCAGUCCAUGAGGAAAAGUCUCGAGGUGUCUACGUUAAAGGCCUCUUAGAGGUCUAUGUUUCGAGUGUGCAGGAGGUGUACGAAGUGAUGCGCCGUGGUGGCACGGCACGAGCAGUUGCUGCGACCAACAUGAACCAAGAGUCUUCCCGUUCCCAUUCCAUCUUCGUGAUUACGGUGACGCAGAAGAAUCUGGAGACUGGCUCCGCGAAGAGUGGUCAGCUCUUCCUGGUUGAUUUGGCUGGUAGUGAAAAAGUUGGAAAAACGGGCGCCAGCGGUCAGACACUGGAAGAGGCCAAGAAAAUUAACAAGAGUUUGAGUGCUCUUGGUAUGGUCAUCAAUGCGCUGACAGAUGGCAAAUCCACACACAUCCCGUACCGUGACUCGAAACUCACCCGUAUCUUACAGGAGAGUUUGGGAGGUAACUCGAGAACCACCUUGAUUAUCAACUGUUCCCCUAGCAGCUACAACGACGCGGAAACCAUCUCUACGCUACGAUUCGGUGUGCGAGCCAAGGCAAUCAAGAACAAGGCGAAGGUCAAUGCCGAGCUGAGCCCUGCCGAAUUGAAGCAGCUGCUGCGUAAAGCCCAGAGCCAAGUCACCAAUUUCGAGAGCUAUAUAUCCGCACUGGAGUCUGAAGUCCAUGUAUGGCGUAGUGGUGAAAAUGUUCCCAAAGACCGAUGGACACCAGGGAGAAACGACGUUGUAAGCGCAACGAAAGCUGAGUCCCGACCACGCCCCAGCACCCCGUCUCGUCUUCAAGAGGCUCGAUCUGAAACCCCUCGACCUGAUUCGAGAGUCGGUGAUCGCUCCAGCACCCCUAGUCUUGUGCUCGAAAAAGACGAGAGGGAAGAAUUCCUCAGGCGCGAGAAUGAACUGCAGGAUCAAAUUGCCGAGAAGGAAUCACAUAUCGCCAAUGUCGAACGAGGCCUACGUGAGGCACGGGAAGAACUUCGAGCAAUGAAGGAGAACUCGGCACGUUCGGGUAAGGAUAACGAGAAGCUGAAUACUGAGGUCAACGAACUCCGGAUGCAGCUGGAGAAGGUGUCGUAUGAGAGCAAGGAAGCUGCUAUCACUAUGGACGGUCUUCGGGAGGCCAAUUCUGAGCUGACAACCGAGUUGGAUGACGUCAAGCAACAACUUCUCGACGUGAGAAUGAAGGCCAAAGAGACCAGCGCUGCAUUAGACGAGAAAGAGAAGAAAAAAGCGGAGAAGAUGGCGAAGAUGAUGGCUGGAUUUGACCUCGGCGGCAAUGUGUUCUCCGACAACGAGCGCAAACUUCAAGACCUUAUCAAUCGUGUUGAUGCAUUGCAUCAGGUCAGCGAAGCGGGCGAGACCAUCGCACCGGACGACAUCCUGGAGCUACGCACGAGCCUGUCGGAGACCCAAGGGUUUAUCCGGCAGGCCGAGCUGACCAUGAAUGACCGGGGUGAACUGAGUGAGCUGCAGGACAGCCGUAGGAUCGAACUUGAGCAGAAGCUGGCUACCCUCGAGCAUGACUAUCAGAAGCUCCUGGAACGGAAUCUGGGUGAGGAAGAUGCGGAGGAGGUCCGGGAGAGACUGGAAAAGCUUUAUAUCACCCGGAAAGACACCGAAUUACAGGCAGCCACGGAACUGCGGAAGGAGAUUGCGCGCAAGGAUGAAGAACUUAACAAGCUGCGCCAGUCUCUUGCCGACUCGCAAUCUCGCGUGUCGACGAACGGUGCAGCAGGCAAGAACUUGCAGCAGCAGAUUGCCGAAUUCGAUGCCAUGAAGAAGUCUCUCAUGCGCGAUCUGCAGAAUCGUUGUGAGCGUGUCGUGGAGCUGGAGAUUUCUCUAGACGAUGCCCGCGAGCAAUAUAAUAAUGUGUUGCGCUCUUCGAACAACCGGGCCCAGCAGAAGAAGAUGGCAUUCUUGGAACGCAAUCUAGAGCAACUAACCCAUGUACAGCGACAGCUAGUAGAACAAAACAGCAGCCUGAAGAAGGAGGUUGCCAUUGCAGAGAGGAAGCUGAUCGCCCGAAAUGAGCGCAUUGCAAGCUUGGAGAGCCUGCUCCAGGAGAGCCAGGAGAAACUCACCCAGGCCAACCAUCGUUUUGAAGCUCAGCUCACUGCUGUCAAAGAGAGACUCGAGGCUGCGAAGCAGGGCUCGACUAGGGGUCUUCCAACUAUGGAUAGCGGCGGCAGUUUCAGUUUUGGCGGCUCGAGAAUCGCGAAGCCGCUCCGUGGCGGCGGCGGAGGAUCCGAGAGCAGUGCUCCGGUUGCCGGAGUCCAGUCGCAGGAGACCGGAAAGCGCACCAGCUGGUUUUUUGAUAGACGAUGAUCCACGAUUUCUCUUUUGUUGCUUGUUUUAUCCUUUCGCCGAAGAUAUUUGAAGAACAUUCUUGACACGCCGAUAUCCUACAUCCCCAUCUCGUCUCGUGCGAUCUGGCCGAGCAUGUUUGUGUGAAUGAAG